ACUUCAACGAGGGUCAUACUAUACCCUCGCUACCGUACUCCGCUCACCAACCUUCCCAGUACUCAGGUACUCAAGAGUGUGUUACUUAGGACCGCACGGUGCAGUUUCCUCGAAUCGCGCGCUGGCUGGCAUGUGUGGACACUUCGAAGCCGGCGACCAUGACUCGGUAUUACUCUACCGCAUACGCCCACCACCUCCGACUAGAUCUACUUAAGAAUCCCCUGAGAUUCCCCGACCCACUUCUGUUCAUAUUCCACUGAAGUUUCUGCAUAAAGCCGCUUGGAAACUUAGAGAGAGACGCAGUCACAUCUACGAUGGCCCGUCCGCGCCAGGGACCCUCCAGUACGAUCGUGAUCAAACUAGGAACAUCUUCUAUCGUCCAUGAAAAGACCCACCAGCCAUUACUCUCCACCCUCUCCGCGGUGGUGGAGACGGUCGUGCACCUACGCGAGCAGGGGCACAAGGUCGUGCUUGUGAGCUCCGGGGCGAUCGGGGUUGGGCUGAAGCGCAUGAAUAUGCCGCAUAGACCGAAGGGGCUGUCAGGGAAGCAGGCACUCGCAGCCAUAGGGCAAGGCCGACUCAUUGCACUAUGGGACAACCUCUUCGGGCAAGUGGAACAGCCCAUCGCGCAGGUGCUCCUCACUCGAGGAGAUAUCUCAGAUCGUACCCGAUAUCUGAAUGCCGUGAACACAUUCAAGGAGCUGCUGUCUAUGGGUGUCAUCCCCAUUGUGAAUGAGAAUGACACAGUAUCCGUCAGCGAAAUCAAAUUUGGCGACAACGACACACUUUCCGCAAUCACUGCUUCCAUGAUCCAUGCCGACUACCUCUUCCUACUGACUGAUGUGGAUGGAUUGUACACUGCCAACCCUCGAAAAGACCCCAACGCAAAACUUCUAGAAGUCGUCUCAUCUGUGGCGUCUAUUCGUUCACAAGUUAGCACAUCAACACUGGGCUCGAGUCUGGGGACAGGCGGCAUGGAGACGAAACUCAUUGCCGCCGACAUUGCGACCGCCGCCGGGGUCACCACAAUCAUAACAUCCAGCAAGGAUCCCAAGAACGUAGUGAAGAUCAUCGAAUUCAUCAACGCUCUCCGUUCCGGCACAUCAACACCCGCCCACCCACAGUCGGGACGCUCGAGUCCUAUCCCGUCGCUGCCCACUGUACAUGCCGUCCCCACAUCAGAUUCCGCCACACCAUCACCGCGCCACAGCACACCUGUUGGUUUGUUUCGACCCCCGCACACGUUGUUCAAACCUUCGCCCGCACCACUGCGCGACCUCAAGGCAUGGACGAGCCACACGCUGCAUCCGUCGGGCAGCGUGAUCAUCGACCACGGCGCCCAUGCUGUGCUGUCUCGGAGGGAGUCUGGGGGACGCCUGCUCCCCGCUGGUGUUCUCGGUGUGCGUGGAGCCUUCGCCUCUGGCCAGGCGGUGCGAAUGGUGGUGAGGAAACGGCUCGCGCACGAAGCGCACACAAGUGCGCCUGCCCCGCAGCUCGGAACGUCAACUCCCAAUACACCUCUCCUGCUGGCCACCGCAUCUAUCUCAUCGUCAAUUUCUACCCUAGACCCGGGGUUGGAGUUGUCAGACUUCGCUGCGCAUGCGCUCUCUCCUGUGGACGAGGAGGCGACGCCUUCGGUGACCCAGAGGGUACUGCUAGGGGAGGACCAUGUGCUUGUCGAGAAGCCGAUAGAAGAAAGCGACGAGUGGGAAGUAGAGGAGGUCGGCCGCGGUCUGGCCAAUUAUAAUUCGGUCCAGAUCGAAAGGGUCAAAGGACUGAAGAGCUCGUACAUCCCGCAACUGCUUGGCUACGCGGAUUCCGAAUAUGUUGUAGAGAACAUCACUAUCCGUGUACCCCCCUGACAUCCCGAUGCCCGUCAACAUUGUUAUCUCGUAUGCAGCGUUCUGCCGAU